AUGGCAACCGUAAGGACGCUCCCCGUCGGCGCUGACUUCAUACUCACCCACCACGCUAAAUCUUACGACUACAUCUCACCUUCGAAAUUGGACUUGACUGGUCAGCAUGUCCUCAUCACUGGUGCAGCACACGAGGACGGAGUGGGAUAUGCUACUGCUACGGCUUUUGCGCGUGCAGGAGCAUCUCGAAUAGCAUGUUGCGACCUACACGGUAUAUCUGAUGACAUCAUCACCAAGUUGAAAUCAGCCGCGACGCUUGCCAAUCGUGACGAGCCUCUAGUACUAGGCUACGAAGUCGACAUCUCGAGCCAAGAAAGUGUAAAAGCAAUGUAUAACUCUAUAGCUGAAGAGUUCAGCGGACGGCUGGAUAUUCUUGUCAACAAUGCCGCGCACAUGGAACCAUACAAGCCCUUUCUUGAGUCUGACCCUGACAUCUACUGGCGAACAUGGGAAGUAAAUAUCCGAGGCCUUUUCAACAUGGCACGCGCAUUCCUCCCGAUGCAGCUGUCGAGCUAUUCCAAGUCUCGCAGCUCUUGCAUUAUGAUGAACGUAUCGUCAUCAGGAGCUCUGAGUGUCCAUCCCGGUAGCGGAAGUUAUCGAAGCUCUAAGCUCGCAGUGCUUCGGUGGACUUAG